CAAGUUGAGGCUUGUUGGCAGCAGACAGUACUCAAGGCGAGAUUGGAUCCGCCUUAUUUUAGUAUUCUCACAAAUAAUUUCAAAGAAGGCGUUAUGUAAAUCAACAUCGUGGCGAGAGAUUUUGGUUGGGGGGGAUUUAUCUUACUGGAGGCGUCGGGAGGAACGAUUCGGAGGCCAGACUCAUCAGAACACGGCGAACAAAGGUUGAAACAUUGACUCUUGUGUAUGGAGACGUUGAUGUCCGUCACUACGCUUUACAGGAAAUCAGUCGAACACCCGUGAGGAAGCCGACAACAUCUUUCUGAGUUAACGCCACAUCUGUACUACCCGUCUGACACACUUGAGUCAACAGUGUGUUAAACAGAAGGAUGGGGAUUUUAUCAAAACUGAAACACACGGACAAUUGUACUCUUCCGUCUCUUACGAAGUGUAAAGAUGGUCACGAAUGGUUUUCUAGUUUUGAGUUUUAUCCUAUUGCUGUUGGUAGUCGAAAAACAGUUUUUGAGGGCAUGAUGUACGUCCCAAACAAUUAUUGGAGUCAAACACACGCCAUAAUCAAGUGUACAAACUACGGACAAGGAACUGAGGAAGACGUCAAAGCGGAAGUAAGUGGUGCGAUCAAGGCGCAAGAAUUCGCCGAAGGAUUUUCGAAAAAGUUUCCCCAGUUUUCUCUUAAAUUUCAGCGCCCUCUAGCGGCCGUGAUGGACACCGUCUCAGUGUUUAACGGUAUUUUUCGUUUCCUAAAAGGUUACGACAAAGUGUUAUCCGAGGGAGAGUGCGUGUUGCUGGAGGAAAAACUUGAAGGUGAGUUUGCCUCUUUCAUAUACAAAAAUGGCGUCAUCACAUCCAACUGUGAGGCUGUCCUACAGGCGUUCUGUCACUACACCUACUCCGCUAGUCACGAGGAACUGGUGGUAUCCGGACUUCAGGGAGUGAAGAAUGGCAACACCUACACCCUGUCCACUCCAUGUGUUCACUCGCGAUCCCGACAAUACGGGAAUACGGAUGCUGGUGAGAGCGGUAUCUCUAGUUUCUUCUCCCACCACCAAUGCAAUGCCUACUGCAGCGAGUUGCCAAAAUUUUCACCUACAGACUUAUCCGCGUCAUCGAGUGUUUCAUAUGAAAAACCGUACUCAUUCGAAGACACGUUUCCAGUUCAGUAUCCAAGUGAGCGGUCAGGAUGCGAUAGUCCGGAAUUUUCUUAUACUGAGCGCAGUAUGUUGGUAACGGCAGAAAUACAUCCCCCGGCGUACGAAGGAAUUGACUCGCAGCCCCCACCUCCAUACGAUUUCCAAAAUAAGGCUUGUCAUGGAAAAUCAAACAAUGCUGGACCACUGAAUCCUUUCUCCUCACCGGAUGUCCGAACAUACUGAUUGAUAUAUCAUCCCAGUUCUAGUUAUUCGAAUGUGUUCAAUAGACAACAGUGCUUAGCUUAAGGAGCCUUCUUAAACAAUAUUAUAAUGUCGUCUUUGGUUGCCUGUACGUGUAUGUUACUAUGAAGAAGGUGUUAUAGGGGUGUUCCGUUCAGUAGCGGCGGUUUGUGUCAUUGUAGUGCACAAUGACGGUAAGAUGUCUACUUCUCCAUCAGAUAGUGGUUAUAAUCGAUCAUUUAAACUGCCAGAAGAAAAAAAUGUAACUUUCAAGGACAUGGUUAUAGUUUAAUUUUGUAAGAUCUGGAAUGUGGAUUCGGUUGAAAUCUCGGGUUUCUGGUUAAUAGGAUAAGUUAUAUAUUUACGUACAGUUUCGGAAUUGGAAUUAUCCGUCUAAUAAUAAUUUACUAUGUCUGCAUAAUAUAUAGCAAGUAUUUUUCAAAACAUUAAGGUCUACCACAAAUUCUUAUUACAGUGCAGCUUUAUCGUGCUUCUUUACUCUAUAUUGAGAAACUAAUCAGACAAUCAUUUUCAUAGACGUGUUUGUAUUAUAGAAAUCAUGAGAUUCCUAUCACGAGUUUUGUAAAUACGUCGACUGAAAGGACCAAUUUUUAUCAUAUUCCUUUAUAUCAAUGUACGUCAAAUUAUGUUUUCUUGUAAAAUUGUUUGAUAUUUAUAUUAUAUACUUAAAAGUGUAUUAAUUGGUGAUGUUAGGUAAUUAAUGCCUAACGAGCGGCUCACCUGGCUGUGAUUGUGUUAUUUAUAUAAUAUGUAAAUUACAGGUGAACACUAUUUGUAUAGUUGAAAUUGAGAUUGCUGUAUUAUAAGGAUCUCAUCUUUACCUGGAUUUUAUUUAUUUCACGCUGUUAAAUGAAUGUGAUACAAAUUAUACAAAUUAUAUCAGUAUACAUCGUAAUCAGAUAUUUUAUUCUGACCUUAGAACAAUAUUUCUGUUUUAAAAUGAUUGGCUUUGUACAGAACGUAACACAUUUAUUUGUAUUCUUCCUAUUUAAUUUUAAAUAUGCUUAUUCUUAGAUAGAUUUUAUUGCAUUCUGCUACAAAACUAGAGUCAUAAUAUAUAUAUACAAGAAUUCAUUUCUUUUCUUAUAAAUUUAUAUUUAUCAAUUGUUUUGUUUAAAUAAACGAACAAUCGAAUUUCGCUUUAAUGUAUUUCUUCUGCAAAAAUAUGUAAUAUUGUGCAUUAAUUUAUUCAAAAUCUUAUUAUAAAAUAAUUUCACUUUUAAAUAAAAUUGUCUUUCCUUA